AUGGAUAAUGAACUUAGACCUCUCGUGAACAGCGGAAGAAUAGCAGCGUCCACGAAAAUCGCUUAUGCUCUUGGACAUGUUUUCAAUGACCUAGCAGCUGCUAUAUGGUUCUCCUAUACCUUAAUCUAUCUGCAACGAGUUGCAUUAUUAGAGCCUAUCGUCGCUGGUGCACUUUUACUCUUAGGACAAGUAAUCGAUGCCAUUAUGACACCCAUAUUUGGUUUUCUAAUUGAUCACUAUUGCAAGAAAAAAAUUUGGCACAUCAUUGGAUCCGUGAUGGUCACUCUAUCUUUCCCCGUAAUAUUCGGCGGUUUUGUCAAUUCAUUUACUACGGUUGCGAUGCUUUUAUAUAUAAUAAGUAUUACGAUAUUUCAAAUGGGUUGGGCAGCCGUACAAAUCUCUCAUUUAUCGAUGAUCCCCUCGUUAACUAAUUCCGUACUAGCUCGAACAGAUUUAACCGCAAUAAGAUAUUCUGCUCAAGUUGGUGCGGCUGUGGUAGCUUUUGUAGUAACAUGGAUAGUUCUACCAACUAGUGGCGAAUCGAUCGAUUCGCCACUAAUUUCAUUCGUUCAAUUGAAUCAGCAAGAUGAUUAUAAAUUCAGAAAUAUCGUUCUGGUCCUCACAGCUUUCGGUUUGACCGCGACUGUCUUUUUUCACAUUUUCCUGAAAGCGAAUCUCUUGGAACAAACAAUAUACUUAAAACCGAACAUCGAAAAAUCAAUUAAACCGUCGAACGUUUCAUUGAAUCGUCGAAUAUCAUGGAACGAUGUCAUGGUUUUAUUAAGAGUCGCGAUGCUAUACGUGGCGAGCAGAUUAUUUAUCACUCUCACUACGAUAUAUUUGCCAUUGUAUAUAGAAGAGACAAAAGUUGGUAAGCAAGCGUUGGCCAGUGUGCCGUUAGUAUCAUAUGUAUUCUCAUUCACGGCUGCUUUGCUACUCAAAUAUCUCAACAGAAUUUGCAGUACCAAGGCUUGCUACUUUUUCGGCGCUAUAAUUGGUAUAACCGCCGCCGUUGUCACGGAAUUUGUCGGAAGUAACUCAACAGUCGUAUACAUCGUUGCCAUAUUAAUUGGCGUGGGAAGCUCUAUCACGAUGGUCACCGCAUUGAGCGUCACCGCCGAAUUAAUUGGCUGUCGAACGGAACGUAGCGCGUUCGUAUAUUCAAUCGUCACUUUCCUCGAUAAAAUCAUAACUGGUCUCGUAGUGAUAUUCAUCGAGAAAUUGAGAUGCAACGACAAAAAACUUUGUCCUACUUAUAAUCGAGAUACAUUGUCCAUCGUUUGUGCUUCGUCAAUGAUACUGGGACUUGUAACUUUGCUAUCUGUAUCGCGUUCUCUUACUUAA